ACAGCUGGGCGUGUUGGUGUAAAUAUCCGUUAAAGUCAGCGUGCAGGACCGAACACGACAGUCGCUCAGAGACGCUACCCGUGUGUUUUGUGAACUCAGUUUACUUUCGGGAACGCUCGUUUUUACCGCAGUGAUGGUGAUCUUAGCCGCGGUUGUAGCUCCGCUCGGCCGGCAGCUCCAGCGCAGCCUCGCCGGACGGAUCCGAUGGCACCAGCAGCAGCUGCAGCCCGCUCGGAGAUGCAGCCUGACCGCCUGCUCCAGCAAAUACGCCCUCUCCCAGCUGCACCCAAUGUGGCAGGAGCCUCUGGCCGUCCCGGGCGGAGAUCGCCAGUCGCCCAUCGACAUCUCUGUACGGAAAAGCUUGUUUGACCCGCAGCUUAAGCCGCUCGUCAUGAAGUACGACCCCAGGACCUGCCAGCAGAUCUGGAACAACGGCUACUCUUUCCUCGUAGAGUACGAUGACACCACGGACAAGUCCACGCUGCAUGGUGGUCCGCUGGAGGAUCAGUUCAGACUGUGCCAGUUCCAUUUCCACUGGGGGGAGAAUAACGCCUGGGGGUCUGAACACACGGUGGACCGUCUCCUCUACCCCGCUGAGCUCCACUUGGUGCACUGGAACUCUGAAAAGUACAGCCUGUUUGAGGAGGCAGUAAUGGAGGACAAUGGCCUGGCUGUUAUUGGAGUCUUCUUGAAGGUUGGAAAAAGACACGAGGGUCUGCAGAAGUUAGUGGACGCUUUACCUGCCGUCAGACACAAGGACAGUGUGGUGGAGUUCACCCGGUUCGACCCCGCUUGCCUCCUGCCAGAGAACAGUGAUGACUACUGGACAUAUUCAGGCUCGCUGACCACGCCCCCUCUGACCGAGGCCGUCACAUGGAUCAUCAUGAAGCAGCCCAUUGAAGUCAGCCACGAUCAGUUGGCAGUGUUCCGCAGUUUGCUGUUCACCUCAGCAGAAGAGGAAGUUCAGAAGAGCAUGAUGAACAACUUCAGAGUCCAGCAGCCGCUGAAGGGCCGCACAGUCCGCUCCUCAUUCGUCCCCUUCCUCCAGGAUGCCCCACCGGGCGACGGGCCAAAGUGACCACCCCCUCAUUCCUGGUCUUCAGCAUCACCUGCUGAAGUAGGAUGCUGACAUCAUCUCGGUCUUAACCUUGCUUAUCAAAGGCCUGGCAACGUUUUUCAGAGAACCUCAACUGUUCAGACAAACCAUCUCUUCAGACCUGAUAUGGUCGUAUAGGUUUGCAGUAAAGGGAACAUAAAGCUAGAGGUUAGUUAGUCAUACACUUUGCACCACUUCGUAUCAGCAUUUGCGGUUUCUGUUAGUUGUUGACCUUCUUUGUAAAAUUGCAUUUUUUGGCGGAGGC